GAACCGAUUCUCUAUUCAGCGUCACUGUUGGUGCGCGAUAUUUUGUGGAUUUUGCUCGGAGCUGAUUUCACCUUAAUUCUUCUACGUGGUUUAUCAUAAUCAGAAGUCCGUUGGCGAGAACCUACCAAGGGCAAAGUUCAUGUCUGAAUUCGAUGAACAGACUCCAACUGCUUAUGAUCCCUUUGCUGAUGCAAAUGCUGAGGACUCCGGUGCUGGGACAAAGGAGUAUAUUCAUGUGCGUGUGCAGCAACGCAAUGGAAGGAAAAGCCUGACAACUGUUCAAGGGCUGAAGAAGGAGUACAGCUAUAGCAAGAUACUGAAGGACCUGAAGAAAGAGUUCUGCUGUAAUGGUACUGUUGUCCAAGACCCCGAGCUGGGCCAGGUCAUACAACUUCAGGGAGAUCAAAGAAAGAACGCUUCCACAUUCCUUGUGCAGGCUGGAAUAGCAAAGAAGGAGCAGAUCAAGAUUCAUGGUUUCUAGGCCCUAAGAAGCAGCGGAUAAUUCAGUUUCAUGUUAUAUAGCCUGCGUAUUACACUCAUAGCAGCAGUUGAUGAUAAAUCCGAAAACUUUAUAUAAUCUUCUUUGUUGUUUUUGAACCUUCUCGGAUGGUUAUUUUCUUUUCAUGUGAUAGAACUAUAUGGUUGUUGCCAAGAGGAUCUUUGCAAUAAAUUUGUCAUUGUGUCUC